AAUUCAUUCUCAUAGUUGAGCACCACUGCCACACAAUAAACAAAACAGAGGGAAACAAUUGGGAGCAUUGGGGUGUAAACACAUCUGUACUUCUCUCUCAGGAAGAAAAAAAACACCUGACGAGUGAUUUAUUUCGUCUGCACUCCCUAUUGUGCAUGCAGAAAUCCUCAGGGGUGUUGGAGCCAUGCGUUAACCUCAACAAAUGUCAGGAUGAGCAGUAAAACGAGUGGUGGAGGUGAGAUGGAUCCAGUCCAGGAAGAAUUUGCUGGACGAGUGAGGGAAGUUGGGAAUCACGCGAUCUGGAGUUUAUCCAGCUGCAAACCUGGUUUCGGAGUUGAUCAGCUUCGUGAUAAUUUAACGGAUACCUAUUGGCAAUCUGAUGGCCAACUGCCACAUCUAGUGAACAUUCAGUUCAGGAAGAAAACAACUAUCAGGGAUAUUUGUAUUUAUACUGAUUAUAAACUCGAUGAGAGCUACACACCGAGCAGAAUAAGUAUAAGAGCUGGCACAAAUUUCAACGAUCUCCAAGAGGUAGAAGUCAUGGACCUGAACGAGCCAAGUGGUUGGGUAGUGAUACCCAUUAAAGACCUGAACGAAAGACCCAUCAGAACCUUCAUGAUACAAAUAGCUGUGAUAAGUAAUCAUCAAAAUGGCAGGGACACUCACAUGAGGCAGAUAAAGGUUCACAGUCCAGCUCAGGAUAUCCUGGGACCCCCAGCCCCCCACCUCCCAGGGCAAUUCCUCACCAAUGAAUUUCAACGUUAUGCCACCAUAAGAUAAAAUAAACUCUUUAUAUUUAGGCAAUAAAUGCUUUUUCACUUGCAA